AUGAGCCAUCAAAGAUACCCGUCACACGACCCCCUAAAGGAGCCUCACUCCGUCUCCUUGAAAGUCCUCAGACUAUCCCGCCCCUCCCUCGUAAUCCAACACCCGAUCCGGCCCCCGCUGACGCCCUCAACCCUCCCCGCCGACCCGACCCCGGCCUCCCUCGCCUACGACACAACCGCCUCAACGAACCCCUCCCCCUUCCUCCUCUCCCCGAUCCUCAACCUCCCGCUGAGCUUCGGCUCCGCGUACGUAGGCGAGACAUUCAGCUGCACCCUCUGCGCAAACCACGAUGUCCCCGAGCCCGUAGCAGCAGUCCCGGGGGGAGGAGGACCCCUCGGCGCCACCGGUGCGCCAGCAGCAGCAUCGGCGGCCCCGGCAAAGCGCAAGAGCAUCCGUGACGUCCGCAUCGAAGCGGAAAUGAAGACCCCCGGCGCGAACUCGAUCCAGAAGCUCGACCUCUCCCCGCCAGACUCUGCGGAUACCAGCGGUGGCGGCGGCGACGAUGACCUCAAGGGAACGGACCUCGAGGCUGGCGACACCCUCCAGCGCAUCGUGAACUUUGAUCUCAAGGAGGAAGGCAACCACGUCCUCGCCGUGACGGUGAGCUACUACGAAGCCACCGAGACCUCGGGCAAGACGCGCACCUUUCGGAAGCUGUACCAGUUCAUCUGCAAGUCCUCGCUCAUCGUCCGUACGAAGAUCGGCCCACUCGCUCUCGCUUCCGGCAAGAAACAGGCCGGUGGUGGUGGGCAGCGGCGGUGGGUCAUGGAGGCCCAGCUGGAGAACUGCUCCGAGGACGUGAUCCAGCUCGAAAAGGUGGUGCUGGACCUGGCCGACGGGUUAGGCUACACGGACUGCAACUGGGAGACGGGCGGGGGCGCGCGGCCGGUGCUGCACCCGGGCGAGGUCGAGCAAGUGUGCUUCGUGGUGGAGGAGGCCGAGGGGACGAGGGCGCAGCCGGGCGAGGACGGGAGGAUCAUGUUUGGGGUUCUCGGGAUCGGGUGGAGGGGCGAGAUGGGGAAUAGGGGGUUUCUUUCCACGGGCAAGCUGGGCACGCGACACGUGGCGUGA